AUGGAUGAUGACAGCUUCAGCAAGGAGUGCUCCUUUGACCAUAUUGAUACUAUAAUGAAGUCUCUCCAGCUCGUGAUCUCCAUACCUACCUUCAUUGUUGGUUUGAUUCUGAAUUUGAUAGCCCUCUGGGUGUUCUACUCUUGGAAGAAACAGACAGAAUCAUCAAUCUACAUGAUAAACCUUGCUCUUGCGGAUCUGCUUCUUCUUUUCUCACUUCCUUUCAGGAUGUACUAUUCCAGAAAAGAGCAGCAGAGACUCUUAUGCAAAUUUAUAGAGGCUCUCUACUUCGUCAAUAUGUAUGGGAGUAUUUUCAUCAUUGUCUGUAUUAGCUUGGACAGAUAUAUUGCUAUAAGGCACCCACUCAAAGCCAGAGCUUUCCGAUCCCGCAAACAGGCAAUCAUGGUAUGCUGUUGCAUUUGGGUUAUAGUUUGGCUUAGCAGCAUCCCCAUCUAUGACUUCCACAACAAUGACAAAGUCAAGUGCUUCCACAAUAUGUCAGAACAGGCGUGGAGCAUUCCCAUCAUCCUUUCUGUUGAAGUCUUUGGAUUUCUCAUCCCUUUGACUCUGAUGGUUUAUUGCUCUGUUCAGAUCAUCCAGACUCUUUGGAGGCGUAAAAACCAGGAGCAGAAGUGGGUUGAGCAAGCUGCCUCUAUAUGGAUCAUUUUAGCCAACCUCAUGGUGUUUGUUGUCUCCUUUACACCAUUCCAUCUUGGGAUCUUUCUGCAGUUCCUGGUAAGACAGGGCAUCAUUGUGGACUGCACUGUGAAACAAAGCAUUAGUCUCUUCCUACAGGUGGCAAUGUGUUUAGCUAAUGUCAACUGCUGCCUGGAUGCCAUCUGUUACUACUUUGCCGCAGAAGAAUUUCGCAAGAAAUUUAUUUCUGCCAUUCCAGCUAGUGUUUUGAACUGA